UCUCCCUCCUACCUUGGGGAUCUCCCUCCUACCUGGGGGGGGGUCCCUUCUCCCUGGGGGGCUCCCUCCUACCUGGGGGAGGGUCUCCCUUCUACCUUGGGGGGGCUCCCUCCUACCUGGGGGGGGCUCCCUCCUACCUGGGGGGUCUCCCUUCUACCUGGGGGUCUCCCUUCCACCUGGGGGGCUCCCAUCUCCCUGGGGGGCUCCCUCUUCCACACGGAGACGCUAAGCGAGAUCCUUGUCUUCCAGGGGGAAUCGGGAUUUGUCGGGCAGGCCGGCGUCAUGGGGUUCCCCGGGAUGCAAGGCCACGAGGGCCCCGUCGGCCCCAUGGGCACCAAGGGGGACUACGGUCAGCCAGGGACCUCUGGAGCCAAAGGGACGCGUGGUCUUCCAGGUCUGGCCGGCUUCCCAGGAAAUCCAGGAAUACCAGGGAUCAACGGACACGAUGGCCCUCCAGGUGCAAUCGGUAUCCCAGGGUGCAACGGAACUAAAGGAGAAGCAGGCAGAGAUGGAACUGACGGCUUCCCUGGUCUUCAAGGCCCGCCGGGUAUUCCUGGGAUCACAGGCAUGAAGGGAGACCCCGGUGGAGUGAUCGGCAUCGUUCCAGUGAAAGGAGACCGAGGGUUCCAUGGAAUACCCGGACUUCCUGGAAAAAACGGCCCCCCCGGACCCAUUGGCCCCGACGGCCCCCGUGGAUACGAAGGCACCAGGGGGGAGGCUGGCCCCCCAGGCCCUCAGGGAGAGAAGGGCGACCGGCUGUCCUUCCAGAGUGAGAAAGGCGACCAGGGGGAACGAGGGUUCCGUGGUCCGCCGGGACCCCCCGGUCCCCUCGGGGAACGACAGGAGGGAUCUGGAACCACCGAAUACGUCCCUGGAAACCCGGGAGAAAGAGGACCUCAUGGCGAUCAAGGAGAAAAAGGGUACUGCUCGCCAUUCAUGACCGGGGUGAAAGGGGAACCGGGCCCCCCGGGAGCCAGGGGAAAAAAUGGAAAAGAUGGAGAUGGAGGGCGGAGGGGAGAGAUGGGCUUCACUGGAACUGUUGGACCCAGCGGGUUCAAGGGUGAAAAGGGUGAAAAGGGACCACCAGGAUCCGGUGUUGGGCUGUGUGGACCUCCAGGACCGCCUGGUCUCCCUGGACUGCAGGGAGAGAAGGGUUUCACUGGUCCCCAUGGAGACGCUGGGCCUCCAGGCCGGAAUUCCGAAGGCCCUAAAGGAGACCCGGGGAACAGGGGAGACGCGGGACCGCCGGGAGACCGCGGCCUGGAGGGGGAGUCUCUCCGCGGACCCCCUGGAGAGGACGGGCAGCCCGGCCCCCGCGGGCUCCCAGGACCCCCCAUCGACCCCGUUCUGUGCGAUGUGGAGAAAGGCGCCCCCGGGCCCCCAGGACCCAUCGGCCUUCGAGGAGAGUUUGGACAAAAAGGUGAGAAUGGAGAGACCUGCGUUCAGUGUGAGGCCAACGGACCCCCCGGAACCCCCGGCCCCUUAGGGCCCAAAGGGGUACAAGGGUUCCCUGGGCUGGCCGGCGCUAAAGGAGAGAAGGGCUCGUCUGGUCCUCCUGGUCCCACUGGAAGCUUCGGUGUUGGCGGCAGCCCUGGCCUGAUGGGGGUCCCGGGGGCAGUGGGAGAACCAGGCGACGUCUUCGUGGCCCCUGGGCUGAAGGGGGACCGGGGGCUCCCUGGGGCCUUUGGCUCCGCAGGCCUGCCAGGUGUGGACGGGUUUCCAGGGAAGGACGGCUUCCCGGGUUCAGUCGGCCCCAAAGGAGAACCGGCAAGAGAGGGAAUCAAGGGAGACCGGGGUCUGGACGGGGACCACGGGGCCUCAGGGCCGCAGGGAGAGAGAGGCCCUCCUGGGAUCCCUGGGGUGGGGCUGCCGGGGGAGACCGGAGGCAAGGGCGUGCCCGGGACCCCAGGAAGACCAGGCACACCUGGGCAGCCAGGCCUGAAAGGAGAAGCUGGUAAAGGAGUGAGCGCCCCAGGACCUCAGGGGACCACCGGACGCACAGGACAGCCGGGCAUCCCGGGACUACAAGGUGGACGGGGAGUGAGCGGAGGCCCGGGGCCGCCAGGGUUUCCCGGAGGGAAGGGUGACCACGGACUUCCGGGGAUCGGACUUCCUGGCAUUCCCGGCCCCAAAGGAUAUUCCGGAAUCCCAGGAGCCCCAGGAGUUCCUGGAGAGGCAGGAGAACCAGGGCACGACGGAGCCACAGGGCAAACCGGGGGGCCUGGUCAGAAGGGCGACCCUGGCCGGGGUCUACCUGGCCCUAAGGGGUCUCAGGGGCCUGCAGGGGGGCCUGGGUUCCCCGGGACAAAAGGGACUGUUGGUCUCACGGGGGUCCCAGGGCUGGAGGGGCCCGCAGGACCACCGGGAGCUCAGGGGGUCAAAGGUACCCCCGGCCCCCCCGGGCUCUCAGGACGGGUCGGCCCACCGGGAGAACCAGGAGCAGGUCUACCUGGGGGCCCCGGCCCCCAUGGGCCCCAAGGAGAGCCUGGACCAUUUGGUCACAGCGGGGAGAAGGGGGAGAAGGGGUUCCCCGGGCCCCCCGGUCUCGACAUGCCCGGGCCCCAGGGGGAGACGGGCCUGCCAGGGUUCCCCGGCCAGGCGGGGGGGACAGGGUUUUCGGGGCUACCAGGACAGCCGGGCAGGGCGGGGCUCACGGGAGACCACGGUCCAAAGGGAGAGAUGGGCGUCAUGGGAACGCCGGGCGCCCCUGGAAGCUCUGGACCCGUUGGCAACCCCGGGUUCCCCGGUCUUCGAGGUGACCCGGGUCUGGGCGGCCCGCGGGGGGACUUCGGCGUGGACGGACCUAAGGGAGGGAGAGGAGACCGGGGGCUCCAAGGCCCGCCCGGGAACAUGAGCGAGGUGGACAUGGAGCACAUGAAGGGGGAGAAGGGGGACCUCGGGGUCACAGGUGACCCUGGCUUCACGGGCCAGAAGGGCUUCCCAGGUCAGACCGGAGACCCUGGGGUCCCAGGGAAAGACGGAGAGCCCGGUUCACCCGGACAGCCAGGGGAGAAAGGAGACCCAGGAUAUCCUGGAGAGCCUGGGAAUACCGGCUUUCCUGGACAGAAAGGCCCACUUGGACCCAUGGGAAUACCAGGUCCGGUGGGUCCUAAGGGCACCAAGGGGGGCAUCGGGACCCCGGGCCACCCCGGGUUCAGAGGAACCGACGGGCUGAAGGGAGACAAGGGGGAGGUGGGGGAGGCCGGCAUCGGAGUCCCGGGACCCCCCGGGGAGAAGGGUCCAGUGGGCCAGGCUGGGUUCCCAGGGAGCUCUGGAGAGAAGGGUUUGAAGGGGGGCAUGGGGGAGCCGGGCAUGCCGGGACGGCCCGGGACCAAAGGAGGGCUCGGGAACAUCGGUUACCCAGGUCAGCCCGGCAGACCGGGGGAUAAGGGGCUCCCAGGCCUUUCCGGGUCUGAAGGAACUCCUGGUGUGGAGGGCCGAACAGGUGAACCUGGGCUCCAGGGCCCCCCAGGGGCCACCGGGGACAAAGGACAGGCGGGAGUGGACGGGAUCCCGGGGUCAUCCGGAGGGAGAGGGGAGCCGGGUACUCCUGGAAGAGGAUUCCCGGGAUCGCCGGGAGGGGCCGGCGGCAAGGGUGAUGCGGGCAGUCCCGGGUUCCCCGGCACCCCAGGCCACCCAGGCGUUCCCGGGACCAAGGGCAACAAGGGCCUCCACGGCCCCCACGGGACCCCCGGAGAGCCCGGGCUCAGGGGCCUGCCCGGAGCGUCGCUGGAGGGCCCCAAAGGAGAACGCGGAGAGCUGGGAAUCCCCGGAGAAUCAGGAGCCAACGGGGCCCCCGGACCUGGGGGCCUGCCAGGCAGGGAGGCACCCAAGGGAGACAAGGGAGACCAAGGCUUCAUCGGACUGCAGGGGGAGGAAGGGACCAAAGGGGAGCACGGGAACACCGGACUCCCGGGACAAGUGGGCCUUCCAGGUGUGGACGGACUGCAGGGGGAGAAGGGGUUCCAGGGCCCACCUGGGUUCCCAGGUAUGAAGGGGGAGAUCGGGUCACUCGGGUUCCAAGGAGAGUUGGGAGGCCUGGGCUUCCAGGGAGAGAAGGGUACGGUGGGCCCCCCCGGCCCCCCAGGCCCCCACACCUUAAUCAAGGGGGACUCCGGGUUCCCGGGGGACCAGGGCCCUCCAGGCCCCCAGGGGCCCAGCGGCUACAGCGGGCAGAAGGGGCUGCAGGGUAUGACCGGCCACACGGGGCCCAAAGGAGACGACGGCCAGCACGGCUACAACGGCCAGUCGGGGGCCAAGGGGGAGCCAGGGCUGACGGGGCCCACAGGUCCCAGGGGAUACCCGGGCCCCCCGGGGCCCGACGGGACCCCCGGUCUGCUGGGGCCGCCCGGGUCGGCCUCCAUGGAGCACGGGUUCCUGGUGACCCGCCACAGCCAGAGCGUGGAGGUCCCCGGGUGCCCCGAAGGCACCCGGCCCAUCUACGAGGGGUACUCCCUGCUCUACGUCCAGGGCAACGAGAGGUCCCACGGCCAGGACCUAGGUACCGCAGGGAGCUGUCUUAGGAAGUUCAGCCCCAUGCCCUUCCUCUUCUGCAACAUCAACAACGUCUGUAACUUCGCCUCCCGUAACGACUACUCCUACUGGCUGACCUCGCCCGAGCCCAUGCCAAUGAGCAUGGCACCAAUCACCGGCCAGAGCAUCAAACCCUUCAUCAGCAGGUGUGCUGUGUGCGAGGCCCCAGCCAUGGUGAUCGCGGUGCACAGCCAGACCAUCAUGAUCCCGGCCUGCCCCCACGGCUGGGACUCCCUCUGGAUCGGCUACUCCUUCGUCAUGCACACCAGUGCCGGCUCCGAGGGCUCGGGCCAGGCGCUGGCGUCGCCGGGCUCCUGCCUGGAGGAGUUCCGCUCUGCUCCGUUCAUCGAGUGCCACGGCCGCGGGACCUGCAACUACUACGCCAACUCCUACAGCUUCUGGCUGGCCACCAUCGAGGACCAGGACAUGUUCACGAAACCCGUUCCAGCGACGCUGAAAGCCGGGAACCUCCGAACCUACAUCAGCCGCUGUCAGGUGUGCAUGAAGAGGACAUGAGGAGGAAGCCUCACCUUCCAAUCACAGCCCGGCCCGCCCCCUCCCAGGGGGAUGGACUUCCUGUUUGAGUCUUCUUUUUGUUUUUGUCCAAAACAAAGGAUGGUGCUAAUCCCCCCCCCCCCCCCCCCC